UAUGUCCGGAUGGCUAAAAGUUCUGCGACUGAAAAAGCAGAUUGGUGUGAAGGAGAUUGUUGUUUGGCUCCUCAUCCAUGGGAUGGCGUGUUACGUGAAGCCACCAUCCAGAGACUCUCGCCCUCCCACAGUGAAGAUAGCACUGCAUGGGUAGUGUUCAGUGAUCAUGGCAAUGAUGCUGCAGAGGAAAACGAGGAAGCUAUACCUGUCUCAAAGCUCUUGAGACCACAAUUGAAUGACUUUCACCAGAAGCCUUUGUUUCUCAGCAUUGUCACUCCGCUUGCAGCCUGCAUCCCCAUGGAGCUGAGUGCAGCAAGUGGAGAAAAAGUCCCCUUCACCAUAAACAGAUACUUGAGGGACUACCAGAGAGAAGGCAUCAGAUUUUUGUACCACAAUUACAUGCAAUCCAGAGGUUGUAUCCUGGGGGAUGAUAUGGGCUUGGGGAAAACUGUUCAGGUCAUUGGUUUUCUAGCUGCAGUGUUGCAAACAGGACUGUGGAAGGACAUUGAGAACAACAGGCCUCAGUUCCUUCAAAUGCCCUCCAAGCUGAAUAAACCUGACAAAGUGUUCCUGAUUGUGGCCCCAUUGUCGGUGCUUUACAACUGGAAGGAUGAACUGGACACAUGGGGUCACUUUCAGUGUGUGGUGGUCCACGGGUUGAGAAAAUAUGAGGAACUGGCUCGCAUUAAGAAACAACGCUUUGAGGUCGCACUCACUACCUACGAGACACUUCGUCUUUGUCUGGAUCAGUUUAACAGCAUAGACUGGUCUACUGUGAUUGUUGAUGAGGCCCACAAGAUAAAGAAUCCUAACUCUCAGAUCACGCAAGCCAUGAAGGAGCUGAGAUGUCAUAUCAGAAUUGGCCUCACUGGUACCAUUUUGCAGAACAAUCUUGAGGAGCUGUGGUGUGUCAUGGACUGGGCCAUACCUGGUUGUCUUGGCAGUUUGGGAUGUUUUAAAAAUAAGUUUGCAGACCCAAUUGAAAAGGGCCAAAGACACACUGCAACCAAACGUGCCCUAGCUACUGGAAGGAAGACUGUCAAAGCUCUGGCGAAGAUGAUUUCCCCCUGGUUUCUCAGAAGAACUAAAGCGCUCAUCAAGGAGCAGCUGCCUAAGAAAAAUGAUAGGGUGGUGUAUUGCACUCUGACAGACUUUCAGAGCACAGUUUAUCAGACAGUGCUGGACACCCAAGAUGUGACAUUACUGCUAAGAUCUUCUGAGAAAUGUCAUUGUCAAAGUGGACGCACUCGCAGGAGCUGCUGCUAUAAAACAAACUCUGAUGGUGUACAAAUAAAGGCACUGUAUUUUAGUUACUUGGCUAUACUCAGGAAGGUUGCCAAUCAUGUCGCACUGCUGCAGUCCACUGCUGGUACCAGCAAGAAACAGGAAAAGUUUGUGAAUGCCAUAUGUGAGAAUGUUUUCCAAAAGUUUCCAGAUUUUGUACAGAGAUGCAAGGAAGAAGCAUUUGAGGCUCUGUCAGACCCGAUGUACAGUGGUAAAAUGAAGGUUUUGCAAAAGCUGCUCAAAUUUUAUAUGCAAAAGAGAGAUAAAGUGCUGCUCUUUUCUCUUUCAACUAAGCUUUUGGAUGUGCUGGAGAGCUACUGUAUGGCAGAGGGCCUGGACUACAGCAGACUGGAUGGAACCACCAAAGCCAAAGAGAGAGUCCAGAUUGUCAAAGAAUUCAACAGUUCUUCUCACGUCAACCUUUGCCUGGUUUCCACUAUGGCGGGUGGCCUUGGCCUUAAUUUUGUUGGGGCAAAUGUAGUCGUGCUGUUUGACCCCACCUGGAACCCUGCCAAUGAUCUCCAAGCUGUUGACAGGGCAUAUCGUAUUGGCCAGUGCAGAGAUGUGACCGUUCUCAGGCUUAUCUCAUUGGGGACUGUUGAGGAGAUCAUCUACCUAAGACAAGUUUACAAACAGCAAUUGCAGAGCUCAGUGGUGGGCAAGGAGAGCUCUCGGCGAUACUUUGAGGCCGUGCAAGGUGAUGGAGGCCAUCAGGGGGAGCUGUUUGGGAUUAAGAACCUGUUCAGGCUUCAGACUCAAGGGACAUGCCUUACACAAAAAAUAAUAGAGCGAGAAGGACAAGUGGAGGCUGGUGUCAUGACGACCAUCACACACACUGGUAAGGAGAAGGAAGAGGAGGCAAAGACGAAGAACGGUGGUGAACCUGGAGGGGCUUUACAUACCAAUGUGCCAGCAUCAGCUACUGAGUACAAAGAUACCUCAAAGAUCCCCAUAGGAGUGCUCGACUUCAGCAGUGGGAGUGAAGUGGAUGAAUCAGAGCAGGCAAUGAGGAGGAAGACUUUAGACCCCAAUGCCGCUGACAGCACUGCGGGUGGAAACAUUGCUUCUGAUCCAGGCCGACUGAGUCUCCUCCAGCAUGGUUUCUCCAGACUCCUCCAAAGGGUUAGAGGGAAGCCAGAGCUAGUAGAGGGUGAUAGUAGUUGGGAUGAGAUGGACUCUUUGGAAGACAACACAUCUGAAGAAGAUAAAAAUGGUCCAGGAAAAAUGAGGUGGAAGGUUACUACAGCCUUUGACACGUGUAAGAACUCCAGUAGAGGGGCCGGUACCGUCUGUGUCCAAAAAUCCAGAACAAACACCUGGGAUAUCUCUUCUGGUUCAGACAGAAAAGAUAAGGGGAGCCGAGAGAUGAUUUCUGUGGUAGAAAAGAGAGAUGAUGGUGUAAAAGUACAGGCAAAGAAAACAGAUGAGGAAAGUAAUGGAAACAACUCAGUAGAGAAAAAGGAACCUAACAAUUCUAAAACCGUUUCAAAAGUGCAACACUAUAAAGGAUAUUCAGAUGAAUCAGAGGACUUUGGUAUAGCUGCAUUGACUUUGCCCAAGAAAGAUGCUUUCAACUCAUGUAAUAGGGGAGUAGGUAGAGGAAAGGUAGACCCUAUCAGGAAGAGGCACAGUGUAAGGGACAAGGCCAGGUAUAAAUAUAGAGAAGAAAUUGAAACAUUCACUUCUUCAGAUGAUGAAAGUACACCUGCUAAGAGAGAGAGGUCUCGCAGGUGCCAUAUCACAACUCCACAGACAGAAAGAUGCAAAGAGGAGUUGCCAAGAGAUUAUCAACAAUCUACAGCAGUAAACAGAAGAAGUGAGAGACAGCCAGAGAUGACUAAAGUGGUUUCAUUUACAGGUCUGAAAGGUCAGACCUCCCCAACAUCCCAAGCCAAGGGUGUAACCAUCGACAGUGUGCUAGGUGGUGUGCAGGACGUGGUAUAUACCCACUCUAACCAACGUGUUGUGGGAGGGAGCAAAGCAGAGGAGCUAAUCAGUAGGGCUGCUGUGCGAGAUGUGUUUGAACGCAAGAUGUACUCUCAGCUCCCAGCCAAUCACCUUCUAGGCAUCCAGCAGAGCUUCUCUGCGAGCCCACCAGACAGUCAGCAAUGUCCCACUGCUGUGAGGCUGGUGAAGCCCAGUGUGGUCCAACCAGUCAUCUUCACCAACAAAAGUGUACACCACAACAAAUCCUCUACCAUCAUCAUUGGAGAGACUCCACAGGCCAUACGCAGACAGCAGCUGGAGGAGAUGGCAGCAAAAUUCCAUUUUCCCUCAGUCCAUCAAUUUGCAGAAGAAGUUCUAACAACAACCUCAACCAAGAGACUGGAAUGGCUGCAGCAGUAUUACAUCCCUCUGAACCACCCUGAACUGGCCACCACAGUCACAAACAACUUCCCACAACCUCAUUCAGCCCAGACCUCCUUUUCUACAACUGUCACAUCCUCUACCUCCAAAACAACGCCUCAGACCAGUGUUGCAAAAUCUCACAAGAGAACUCAAACCCCACAAAAAAACGUUUGUCGAGAAAACUCCAGGAAGAGCCCUAAAUGUGGUCCAAAGACUCCACAACCCCUGAAAAAGGCUAGAAUCACAAAAUCACAGAACAAAAUGUCAAAACCUUCACAAGGUAAUGUUCUGCGCCCCCAGAAGAAGAGCUUACUAGAGGGCAAUCUAGAUCCUCUUUAUGAUGUCCUGAGCUCCAAGUCAGGCGAACAGAAGGAGGCAGUCUACAGUGCAAGAGAAGAAAAGAAGACAAAAACCUGUGGUGUCUUGUGUUCUGUUUUCGGAGCUGGGGAUGGCGUUAGCCGUAGCACUUUGAAACCUGAGGAGGCUGCUGCUUUCAAGGACCAAAGAGACAGAGGUACCUCAUUUUGUCCAGAACUCAGUCAUCCCUCGUCUUCUUUGUCUAAACCUACAGCACAGAGAAAAGAAGAACAGCAGGAAAGCUCUUCCUCUCCAGUACAUGCCCCGUCUGCCUGUACUCUCACAGAUCUCAUAGGAGACACUACAAUCCUGGAUGACUUAUUAAGACCCAAACCCAGAGCCUCUCCUAAAACCCCCCCUGUAUCCUCUUUGGUGUCAGCAAACGCAGGCCUUGCUGUGGCGUCUCUGCGCAGUGUGACUCUGAAAACUGAUUCUAGCUCGAAAGCCCACUUAAACUCUGCAUCACCUUUUUCUCACACACCAUGCAGACACCAGGACCCUCCAAGUACACAGGCAUCAAAGGGCAGCCGCAAAGAUUUCUGGGACAUCUUGAAUGAGGGCAAUGAAGAGCACAUUAACAAGCUGACUGACCCGUCACAAGUGCACAGGGUUUGUAUUAACACCAGUGUGGCAGCUCGAACUAAAUCUGGACAAGAGGAUAGAAAGACACUUUGGAAGUCCAAUGAAAACUUCUUGUGGAAGAAAUGAUACAAAGGAAACAUUUUAGGUAAAGUUAUAGUUUAUUUUUCUUUGCAUGAAAAGAUCUGAAGAAUUGCUCCAUAUACAGUAAUUUGAAUGUACAGUUUUUUUUUUUACUUCAGAGUCUUUUUACUGAUUAUGUUUUUGUAGUAGUUGUACUUUUAAAAAAUUCUUCAUUUGCAUUUGUCAGAAUCAAAAAAUAUUAUUUGUUCUCUGAAUUAUUCCCACAAUAUUAACCUCUUGCAAUAAUAAAUGCAAUUCUUUCUUUCUUAAUUUCUUUCUUAACUCACUUGAUCACCAAGGUACGCCAUGCUGAUAUCACUAUAAUUCAAAAAA